CUCCGUUAGAAGAGGCGUUCGAGAUCUGCUCGUUCCGAAUGACCUUGACAUUUCGUUGCAAAACGUCUGGCUAGGGUUCGUGUACAUAGAAAAAGGAGGAGGUGUCAUAAAAAAAGUAGAAGAACGUAGUUAGGUUAUUGUUCUUUCUUAAAUGUAAACAAAAUGCUUGUUUUUCCUCGUAUCCUCUGCCGUUUAAUUAUUAGACAGGUUAGGUUUUGACAAAUCUGAUUCCGUAGUCUUAAUCUGCCUACUCCACAAAACGAAUCACCCCUUUCAUCACCUCAUUCGAAACAAAAAUAAUAUGCUUACCAUCAAGAACACUUUUGACACUAACACACUCACUGCUGGUAUUGAGCUUACUGGGGAGCUAGUCGCCUGUACCUUGUUAUUUUAGGAGACCUGUUGGAGUUGAUGGAGGACCUCCUAGAUUCGGCAUAAGUCGAUGUAGAGCCGUAAUUGCUGUUCUCUUGCUUGUUUCUACUAAGUGUUCCCUCUUUUUUCACUCUUCUCACAAAAGUUACACCCGGGUAUUUUAGUCUUUAUCAAAAUAAUAAAAGUCUAAGAGUAGUUUGUAUUAAAAUAUAAUAAUUAUUUUAUUCUUUUUAAUCCAAUGUAGACUAUUAAAAUGUAAAUCACUACAUCCUUUGAUUUUUUUUCCUAACAAUCCUUCAAUAAAAAAUGAAAUGGCAUUUUUACUUACCACAAACAUUUUAUAGAAAAUUUAGUCAUCAAUGGUAGUAAACUAGAGUUGAUAUGAAUACAAUUGAACUUGAUAGUACUUUUCAACGAGUAAAAAUUAUUCCCGAGUAAAAAUUAUUCCGUAUAUAUUGGAAAAGUAAUUAAACCCAUUAGUCACUCUAGUAUAAAUAUUUUAUAAUGAAAUGUAGUUUACUGUUUCUAUUCAUCACAAAUAGCUCUUGGACUCUUUUUUUAUAGCUAUAUAUUAUUAAACUGAUGUGUUAUCACUUCCUCGCGAAACAUUCUUUAAGUUGGAUAUAUUAAUUUGUGAACUUGUCUCACUGGUUGAAAAUACUCAAUUUCUACACCAUUGCACGAUUAACUAUCCGAAUAUUUCCAAUUUGUAGAAAAUAAAAUCUUUGUUCGUAUUAAAUGGACCCAAUUUUAUGCCUGAAUAACCUUAUAAAUUGCAAUCAACAAUUCGUUAUAAUAUUUAAUAAAAGGUAGUCUUGACAAUUUAUAUUCCCUCAUUCCCAUUACUAAGAGAUGAAAUAUUAACCGUAUUAAAAUUAUAUUUCUAAUAAUAAUAAUGGGAAAACAAUAAAAUUCACAUACAUUUAAAUUGAAUUUUUAAUCAAAUGUCAUAAGGAAAACUGUGACAAAUGAAAGUUUUGAUAGAACAACAGUAUUGCCAACUUUCAUUUGAAAACAAGCCUUUAGAACCAUAGAUAUAAAAAUAUUAGUGAAUUUAUUAAAAAAUUGAAGAUUCGUACACAAAAAGUUCUGAACCAAUUCGAGACUGGAGAAAGAUUUUUACAUGAGUAUUUGCAAGUACUAAAAAUUCAUAAAACAAUUCAGCUUUUGUCACAAUACCGACAAAAUCAUUGAAAUAAACGGGUAAAAAAUUAAAUAAUGCCAUAGUCUUGUACACAGAACAUGGUCAAUCAUAAGAGUAUGCCCGGUGGUCUUGUAUUAAUGUUCUUUGGUGACAUAACUUGAAUCACAGAACAUACUGUGACUUGAAUGGUUAACUUCAUGAUUAGUUGUCCUGUGUUCUUGUUUAUUAAGGAAUGUAAUGUAUUGUUAUAUAUUAUGAUUGACCUCAAAAAUUACUUCACAUUUGAUCAAAAUUGAAUGGGUGUUAAUUAUUUGAAUAUAAGAAAUAAAAAAUAUUAUGGAUAUCAAUGAGGAAAUAUUGAGUUCGACAGAGAAUGAAUUAGUUUGUAUAAAACAAGAAAAAAGGGAUUAUCUUGAAUCGGAAAUAAAUCAUACCAGUUUUAAAGAAGAUAUUAAUAUUUUCAAUGAGAAUGUGGAAGACUUUGAUGAAAAACCAGUUCCACGUAUAUCAAGUGCUUUGAUCGAAAAUAUACAUAAUUUAAAACAAGAAAAAAACGAUGAUUUAAAUAGUGAUUGUAUGUAUGAAUAUAAUGCCCAGGUUAAAGCAGAGUGUAAUUACUUAGAUGAAAAAUACCAAAGGAAUAAAAACAAAUGGAUUAAAGUGAGAGGAAAAUUUUUCCAUAGAAAAUAUUGGAGAAACAAUGAUCAAUCUAGUGGGAUUAUUAUCUGUCAAUUAUGUGGAAAUAUGUAUGUGAAAAUGAAAGAAUAUCGUUUACAUAUUUCAACAAAACAUUUUUUGAAAAUGAAAAACGUUGAUAAAACACAAUUAAUAUCGACUGUUUUGAUUAAAAAUGAAAUCAAAACGGUCUCAGAUUUUGAUAAUGACCCAAUUAAAUGUAAUAUUUGUUCUAAAUCUUCAUCAUUAUCAAAUAAUUUGUGUCAACACACUGAGAAAAAUUCUUUCAAACCAGACAUUUGUUCUAAAUAUUUUCCGAUUAAAAAUAAUUUAAAAAAGCAUAAACGAAGUAACAUUAGUGAUAAACCGUAUAAAUGUGAUAUUUGUUUGAAAGCCUUCAAAUUAAAAUAUUCCCUAAACGCACAUUCGCUGCGUCACACUGGCGAGAAACCGUUUAAAUGCGAUAUCUGUUCAAAAUCCUAUGUACAUAAAGUAUCAUUAAUAUAUCAUGUAGGUACACACAGAAGCGAAAGACCUUUCAAAUGUGAAAUUUGUUCAAAAUCUUUUACUCAAAAACAGUGUUUCAUUCAUCACUUAAGAACACACACAGGGGAGAGACCUUUCAAAUGUGAAAUUUGUUCAAAAUCUUAUACCCAAAGACAGUGUUUCAUUCAUCACUUACGUACACACACAGGGGAAAGACCUUUCAAAUGUGAAAUUUGUUCAAAAUCGUAUCCAUACAGAGGAUCAUUAUUAUAUCAUUUACGUACACAUGAGAAGAGACCCUUCAAAUGUGAAAUUUGUCCGGAAUCUUUUAGAACGAUGUCUAACCUAAACAGUCAUUUGGUUUCGCAUAGCGAAAACAAGAACUUUAAAUGCGACAUUUGCUUGCAAGAUUUUUCAAAGAAACGUUCCCCGAGUAGCUAUUUGCGCUUUCACAUCUGUGGAAAAACUUAUUAAAUGUGGACGUGUCACCAGGUAUAUCGAGGAGGAGUUAAUUGUAUACUGUUAGGGCAUUAAGAAUUGGGUCAAGCAUAGGACAGUCAGGGGUCGAAGGAUUAUUGUUUUACAGAGGAAAAUGUUCUGAGAAACAGUUGAAGGACUCAAAUCCGAACGAUGAGAUGUAAUAACGUCGAAACAUUCAGUAGUUAUAACCUCUCCUUUCAAUUGCGAACCAUUGGGAUGUUUAUAUCGACAAAAAGAUCGAUUGACAUCACGCUCUUCAGAGGAGUUGUAAUUCAAAAUUAGUCAAGGCAUUAGCCAGGGAAGUAAUUGUUUUCUCCUUCGAGGAACGGCAGAAUAUAUUUUUGAAAUAUUGAAUUUCGAAACUAUUUCAUACGUGAAUAGGAGAAAUCUUUUUACGUUAACACAAUAUGUUCAAAUUAUUAUUCAAGUUUCUUUAUCUGUUAAAAAAUUAAUAGUUUCACUAAAUUUGUGCCGUUUAUUCUUUUUAUGAUUAUUAAAAAGACUUCACUUUAUAGUAUUUUUAUCAAUUUAUACUAAAAUAUAAUUAUUAUUUUAUUCUUUUUAAUCCAAUGUUGAAAAAUAAAAUGUUAAUUACAAC